AUGUUGACUGGAGCGAUGACUCGGGGAAAAGUUCGGAAGAUGAUCGUGUCCGACGCUAGCCUCUUUUUCUCUUCUCAAGCAUUUUCUCGAGUUUUUCGGCUUCUUGCGAAAUGCUUCUUGAUUAUGAAAAGGUAAUCCUACUGCGUCCUACAAUAAUGUUCAGACGGCGACCAAAGUGUGUUGGGGAAUACCCUCGCGAGCGAGCGAAAAACAAUUGAGGUCUUGAAAGAUGACUGAAAGGCAGGGUGUGCCAGAAAGAGGCGGCACCUCACGGAUGCGCCGCAUGUUUCUCUGAUUGGGUUAUUUAUCGCCUGCCUUCGUCACUGCUUUCUAAACGAAACAAACUCCAAAAACAAAGAUAUUUCUCAAAAGUGGAAUAGGAAUAGCCUUUGGUGAUUGUUUAUAUGUUCGCACAUGUUUUCGCUGCCGUGCGUCCUUACGGCUAAAUUGCGUUUGCUGAAUAAGGGCUGCGACUCCGCCGAUUCGCACCUUUUGAAUUGCACAAAUUGCACCUUUUCAAAACUUCAAACUUAUUUCUACGGGCGUUUUGAUGAGGGUGAAUGUGUCAAAGUUGCGAUGUAUCGCCUGCGGGCACAAAUCACAUUUGCAUUUCUCAGUUCCUCGCGUCCUGAAUCGUCGUCCUUAAUAGUCUGCGUGGGAAAGAAGACUCGGAGCCGUUUUGCCAAAAAAUUGUUCAAUUUCCCAGUAGAGAUCCAGAAAAGCAAUUUCAAAAAAAAAAAUUGAGCCUGUGACAAUAGGCACAAAAAACGAUAUUGAGAGAUGAAAAUACAAUAAAAAUAUGUGAUACGCUCAAAAGGAGAGUGAUCAGCCUUACUUUUUUCAGCGUCAUUAAGAGCAGCAGAGCCAAGAAACUGGACAUCGACGCCAGUUGGCGCCGCAACUCCGAGAUCGGCAAUUGGCUUGAGCAACCGACAAAACUUGCAACGAAACCUCCACGAGAGGUUCUUCGUACCUUAUUUCGAUACAAUCAUCACAUUCUUGAAGAGUUUUGACCCGCGCACCGCCGCCGUUCUUUGAUGACGUCGCUCAUAGCGAUGAUUUCGUCACCGGUCGGCCUUCGACCAGCACAAUACAUUCCUCAUUGACCCACGUCGCCAAUAGCGCUCAGUUCCGGACACCGACACUGCCCAAAAAGCAACUGUAGGUUUAUAUGUUGGAGAUAAAAUGAGUUUUUGGCGAAGAUGUGGAAGAGCGUUGGGCAACACCAACUUGCUGAAAGAGUUCACCAGAAUGAUCCGCGAGACCCCGAGGUUGCACGUCGUCAAAAGAAGUGGCGUCAAUCGGAUGGGCAUACUGGAACAGGAUCCUGACGUCGACCUUCUUCUGUCCAAACUCUGUCUCGAAUGCGUAUUCGUCGAGCCAGCCAGCGAGCAGACUUCCGUCGCCAACAAAGUAAUCUGAGACUUUUUCUCGCCUUCUCGACUCAUUAAGGAUUCUUUCAAAAAGUUCCUUGAUGGAUUCUGAACAGACAGGGGUUUGCAGAUUUUCCUGUCGCGCAGUUUGUCGCAAGUCUACCUCAACUACAUGAUCUCCGCUUCGCAAGAACUCCGUGUCGUCGACAUCGGAAGUGUCGACGCGAUUUCACGAGGAAAUCCCUCUUCCGACUGUUCUCUCAUGUCCUCGGAGGUGUAUAAAAUCCCUUGUGCGGAUGCCACCUUCCUUCAGGUUAGACAAGAAAACCAGAAAAAAUGCUUUUUAAUGUGAAAGAUACUACUAUUUUUUGUUGAAAGUGUUUUGACUUGAAAUAUGUUAAGGCUAUGAACGUGGGAAACUGUUUUCCUCUACUCUCUUGAAAUAUUACCUAAAUGUAUUUAAAGUUUCUAAUUUCAACACCCAUUUGAUUAUUCCAACUUUUUGUUCAGUCAGAUGGAAUGACCGUCGUCCACGAAUUCGAUUCAUCAAUCUCGCUGUACGCUGGAAAAAACAAAGUAGCUGUUCUUUGUGGGAUUAUGGUAGUUAUCUUUCGACUUAAAACUGACAAGGGUUCUCAUUUUUCAGCCUUUGCCGACCCCGUCGUAUUUUCGCCUGUUCCCAUGCAUUGAUGACUCGUUCACGAUGCUCAAAGAUAAAAGUCUGUAUCAAAUUCAGCUGCCACCUGCCUUCGAAUGGCCUUCCGGUUGGUUUUCUAAAGCUCAAAAAACUUUUUGGACAAACUUGAAAAAAAAACUUCCGGGUUAUGAAAAUCGGGAGUUAUAUUAAAAAUAUAACCUCGAGUGUGAGCUUUUUUUCACAGUUGGAAAUCUGAUGCGCGGCGUUCUGCGUCUUCUUCCGUUGCCCUUUUCGCAACAUGUUUACGGCGAAUGGCGAGCGAGUCCCUUGUCUUCGAAAACGGCGCCAACAAGACUUCAGAACGAUGUCCGACUUCAGGGCUCUUCUAUGGAAAAUGUGAAGAUGAUGGGUCAACCUCCAGAAUAACUUUUGUUCAGGCGCUCCAAAACGCUCUAAAGUUCUUAGUCGCGCAGGUCGGAAUUUCGGUGAACGAUGAGAGGGAAAAAGUUGAAGAAGACUCUCCUGAAGUUGGUGGGAAGCAAAGAAGACCGCGACGAGCACCUAAAGAGGUUCCACUUGAACUGGAGAUUUUCUAAAUAGAAAAAUUGUUUCUUGUAACCCGGACGGCUCGCUGUCGCAAUGUUGUUAACUCAAGAAAAGUCCCGGAGCAAAAAUUCGCUUCAAAGUUAAUUCAAAAAACAUGUUAGAAGUCGAUUUUCCAAAUCUUUCAUUCUGAGGAGAACUAUCAUCAGCAAUUUUUCCUCUCGCAUUGACUCGAAAGAAGAAAGUUUAUUUUUGUUUACUGAAAGAAGAAAUUUAAAUAGAUGCUUGCAUGAAUAAGAAGGGAAAAAGUCGAUUUUUUAAUUUUUUGGGUCCAUGACCUCCACUAUAACUGAGAGAAACAUGAUUCAAAAAUAUAACUUUCAAAGCACCAAUAUUCAAUAGUAUCUCAAUGAAUGUAGAAAAAGCACAAACAAAAAAGAUUUCAAAAAUUAUACGUUUCGCCUAAAGUUCCUACGUACAGUGCAAAGUGUUUCUUUCGGGAAAAAAAGAAACCAAUUCAAAAGUUUUAGGUGUGGGACCGUAUGUCUGAGUUUCUUGGUUCGAAGACCGACGUCAAAAUGCGACAUUCGCCUGUUGGAUCUUCUCGUCCGAAGUCUAUUCGGACGGUCGUCGACGUCGCCGCGCCUUCUGUCGGAUUGGCGCGGCAGCUAUUCUACGCUCUACAUGAUCACCUCAUGGUCAAUCAAAUCUUGCUAAAUAGUUCAGUGGAAACCUUUUUAGUUGAUGGUUUCCAUUAUUAUCGUGAAUAGAUUUUUCUGAAAACUGAGGGAAAUGAUUGAAAUCAGAUGUUUAGGAGAUCUACAGUACUGAAAACUAAUUUCUUAAACCUUUUUUUUUUAUUUUUUGCAACGAUUGAUUUUAGGAAUGUAUUUUGCACACGUCGCAACAUCGGACUAUUUCUGUCUCUAUACCCUACAUCUACGCAUUGGCAAAGUUGAAAACAGACAAAAAAUCUUCAUCUUGGAAAGCAUAUUUGCAGGACUAUAGGCGAGAAGGAAUACGUCAAGUUGUACGAGGAGGAGUUUUCCUCCGCCAUCACGUCAGUCACUGUAAAUGAGGGAAUUCCAGAAGAAGGCGGGGAAUUGAUGCCUUUUGGGAGUAAUCUGGAUGUUCAGUCUUUGGCGAAGGCAGCAUUCCUCCGUUCUGUGUACUGGAGUCCCUGAAAAAAGUUGUUCGAAAGUGUUGUUUACACAAUAUUCCAUUGGGUAACGCUUCAUCGAAAGCUUUGAAGGUCCUUGUAGGUAAGGCGCUUUCAAUUUUUCAAAAAGGUGGCGGUUAAACGCGGAAUACUUCAAAAAUAUGAAGGAGAUUCGAUUCACCAGUUUCAAACUUUGUUUAAAAUCGAAGAGGAAUGACAAUAUUCAUAAUCAUUACCAAAUAUACAACAAAACUGAUGACUACAAUUUUUACGUUAUCAAAUAUACAAUUUUUUGCAAGGCCCCUGUAAACCUUCCAUUUUUAUCUCAUUUCAAUCAAAGUUGUCUGAAUACUAUUCACGGCGUUUUUUUUAUUACGCAAGGUCAAGACUUCUCGUAAAUUAUGAUGCUUAGGGUGUAAGCACACCGAGACGCACUAUCUCAUACUCAAAAUUGUUUUUUUCAAUUUUAGAAUUCGCAAUUUUAGGAUAAUAACUCCUGAAAUGUUCGAAAUCUUGUCAGUUUGAAGAGUAUUAUGUGAAAAAAACAUUCACUUACGUUUAAAAAAAAUUAGGAACGAUUUCGGAGGGGGAAAACUCUAAAUUACUGAUUACAAAAUUAAAACAAAAAUUAUUAUGAAGGUAAAUUAGCUCCCAUUGAAUAAGCAAUUAUAAAUACGAAAAAUAUUGAAAUGAGGGAAAUUCGAGGAGCAAAUGAAAAAAAGAAACAUUUUAUAUACCUUGAAAACCUAGCUUUAGAAAAACAAAUAAUGGAUAGAAAGCAGAAAUUUUAGAAAAAAACCUCGUAUGGCGAAAUUUUUUGAUCCAAAAAAACCAUCAAAAAAACUAGAAAAAAAUAUAUAAUUUAGAUGAUUCAUAUAACAAAAAUCUUCAAACUGCAUCAGCAAAUUCAAUUUGGCUCUAAUUUACACGAAACCGGUUUCAAAAAUACGUCUAAGGAACUGGGUAAUAUCUUUUGCUUAUAGAAAAAAACGUCAAACAAAAAUAUUAAAAAAAGUAAAAAAAGCAAAAAAAUUAUGCUUUUUUUCAGUUAACUCUUUCCGUAAAUCUUGCGAGAGCUUUUAAAGGGUGGGUCUUGUAAUCCAAAAACGGAUCCUGAACAGAUCAAAUCUACUGUAGUCGUACGAUUUAGAGAGGCCCGCCCCUAGUAUUUUUUUUCUGCAUUUUCUUUCACUGACAAGAACGCCGUGUAUUCCCGAGAAGGAAAUUUCUAAUUUUGAUAAAUACCUUGUCCGACUUGAUUGGGGGCAUGAGAUUCGUUCUUUCAAAUUUAUGUUUAGCAAAAAGCAAAAAUAUCUUCACGAUUAUUACAAGUCUAUCUAUCGUUUUUCCUUUUUUAUAUUUCUCCGGAAGUCUUGGUUUCCAACAAGGAUGUCUGAUUUCAUAUUUCACCGCUUAUCUCUGUCUUCUUUGAAGAAAGUGAAACUAGGACUUUUUGAGUUUCGAAAAUAGGGAAGCUACGUGCAGGCGAGCAUCUCUUUUUAAUCGCCACUUUGUUGUUCUGAUCUUGUCUUUUCAAAAGUAGAAACAAUGGAGAAUGUUUAGUGACCGCUGUGUUGGUCGGGACUUUGAAGACGGGAACUGAGUUGAUUCGCUGGUUGAGCGGAGCUUGGCGCAAAAGACUCGCCUUGGACAUUUCGCAGAGCAAAAAAGUUUCGGCGAUCAUCGGCACGGACGCGCCAUCCUGUCAAAAGUUGUUGGGAAGACGAUUAUUUCAGAACCUUCAUUUACAGAGCAAACGAUCUGCUGAACUUGUUCGGCAUCACUAGCAACGAAAUAAAUAACUAUCCAGCCUCGAUUCGUCUCAUUUUGCUGAAGUGUUGUACAAAAGUAGGAUGAAAACGAAAUUUGAAGAUUCAGGCUCAAGACGGAUGCCGCGACAGAGAUGAGAGAGUUCACCCUGGCUGAUUGGUUGGUUUUGGCGAAGCUUCGAACGUAUUUCAGUUGGUUUCAGUGGUUUUCCGAGUGAGGCAGAGGUUGCUCGAAUCGCACGUCUCCGGUGGCCGAAAGACUCGCGAAUGAAAAACGCAGAAGCCAUGCUCGACUCCUUCAAACCCGUUCUCAUUGCCAUGAACAUCAUGUGGGCAGAUAUCUUCUGACUGAAAAUCAACUCUGCACAGUGCUCCCAACGACGAAGCCAACCAGAAGGAGCACCAGGACAACUUUCUCCUGUGCACCUCUCUUCGCUACUUCACGCAGUCUUUUGGGCGAGCCUUCUUCGAGCUCCGGACUGAAGUCCCGUCGUUGCUGAAGCCCUUGGAAGUCCCGCCGUUGGCCCUUGGCGGCAAGGUCUAUCCCACCCGCGUCACGUGUGACUCCGUCAACACAGAGGUCGCUUGAAAAUUUUCAUAUUCCUUUUGUCAUCGAUUCUACAAUAAUUGAUUCUUGCUCUUCACGACGUUCCCAAACGGGGUGGCAAGACGUCAAAAAAAUUUUGGCGCGAAAUUUGAAAUCUACAGUACUUCAGCCGAAGGCCAUCGAACAAACAAGUUAUUAACGUUGAAUAUUCAGUGUAAUUGUGACGUCACGUGACGUAAUUUUAUCCGUAGCGCGCACUAAACUUUUUCUGUAAAUUCAGAAACUUUGACGCCUCGCUCACCUUCCCCCACCCCCAUUAGGAACGCCGUGUCUUGGAGCUUUUCAUUUCAUCACAGCAUUAAAAAUUUUGCAUCUUUUGCGCUUUUUUCCUAACCGAUGCGUUUAUUGACAAAAUAAGGAUUUAAAAACACGAAGAGAGAGAUCAGAAGCAGAUAGACAGACCAGACUGUGCAAGCUUUUGAAAAUGAUAUAGAUUUAUGUAAAUUUGGGUUUUUGCAUUCUGAUUUCACGAGAUUCAAAGUAGCUCUAAGCCUUUUACCGUUUCUAUGAAAAUUGAAAAAAAACCGCCAAAUAUUUUAAUCAUUUUGGAGCAUACGAUUCGAUUUUCAGACGUUCCGCCUUCACCAGGACUGGGCCGAGUUCUACAACGGCGUAGCGGUGGCCCUAAAAGUCGGAUCGGUGGACGUCCUGAAGUUGGACAGCGAGUGGAUGACCAUGUCGCUCCAUCUCCAAAGCGUAAGAUCCGUCGGACCGUCUCUGAAUGCCGACUGCUCUGCAGAGUCUUCCGUCGGCGCCUUGUGGAAUGGCGCUCGGUUUCGGACUCAACGGACAUCUGGCCAACAUCAACCUCUACGGAGCUCAUGAGCUUCUGUGCUCUUUGGACAGGAUGAGAUCCGUUGGACUUCUGCUGGGAUUGGCCGCUUCGAAAUUCGCCUCUUGUGAUGCUCAAAUUCACAAAAUCCUGGUUUCACAUUUGCCGUUCCUGAUGGGCGCAACAAUGUUGGAAGUGAAGGUCGAUCGUCUUGUUCAGGUAAAUCCAUGAAAUUUAUCUUCCAAAAAGAGAAGACAUUUUUGAAGAUGACGAGAAAAAAACUUUCAUUGAGAGUGAGUUUCGUUGAGUCUUUGCUUUUGAUGCACAAAAAUUAAUUGGCUCACGACUAAGAAAAUAAGGAAGUGAAACCGAAGAUUUUGAAAUGAUUUUUUUGAUGUUUUCAGGGUUCGGAGUUUUUUCUUUGUUUUCUAUCGAAUUUGUUUUCUGUUGAGCACUACUGACGGUAGAUUCUAAUUUCAAUUUGAUUUUCUAAUUUUGGAAUGUCCUUUGUUGAAACGAUCAGUUGAGUCUUCCUCGGCAGAAUAAAAUGGUUUUAGGAAAUUUGAGAAGUUCCAAGAUUUUUGAGAAAUCGACGAACAGGACCUAUACGUAUUAAACGUCCCGAAGUCUCAGAAAACGAAGAUGCUGAACUAUUCGGAUGAAAGAAGAAUAAAAGCUGAUUGAAUUGAAAACCCCAUAAUCUUUAAAAGAUUCCUUGAGCCAAUAGUUCUUGAAAAAAGUUAGCUGAAAUAAUAUUUCAAGCCUCCUAUUUAUCUAGUCCGUCAGAAAAGCUCAACAACUGAAAUUCUGGAGAAAAAAAAUAAGCGUUCGAAAGCCGUCAUUUUUCAAAACGCUCUCAGCAAGUGUUGUGACUAGUUUCUUCUGUUUCAGACUGCGAGUAUCUCUGCUCUAGGUCUACUCUUUGCCAACUCGGGUAAUACAACUUUGGCGAACAAGCUGAUAAAUGAGGUAAAUCCAAAAUCGCUACUCGUCAUUUUUUCGAUAUUGGCUCUCAGAUUGGUAGGUCGCCAACAGCAGAAGAAGAACCAGCUUAUGAUCGGGCGUCGUACAAACUCAGUGCUGGGUUUUCUAUCGGUCUGAUAAUGCUGGGAAAAGGUUUUCUUUUCUUUUCUCCCAAGGAUUAUCCACCUUUCCAGGGAACGAAAUAAUGUCGUCUCGAUUGCCUUUCAAACAGCCCAUUCCAUCACUCACCGAACGGCUUCUGACCAUGAUGCAAGGUGGUCCGAGGGUAUUUCUUGAAAGUUCUUUUGCUUCCGGUGAAAUAGUCAUUGAAAAAGAACGUUGGAUCCAGAUGAAAAAUCGCUUUGAAAUUCGAAACCUUGAAAAAUUUUAAAACAGAUAGGAAAGGUUUCAAUUUUUGGAAUUCGUUUGGAUGCAGAAAUCGUAAAUUUUCAUGAGAAAGGUUCUUGGCUUUAGUUUCGAUUCAUUACCUAAUCUGCACAACUGAGUUGAAGGAUCAAUGCGUCUUUCUGUCCCAACCGACGCCCGUUCUGACAGCAGACUUGAGUACUGUACCUCCACCUCCUCGUUCAAAUCAUGUGAAGGUAGAGAAAAACUUAACGCUCAUCAUUCUUAUUUGCAAAACUCAAUCGAAAAAAAAGGCAGAAAGCUUCAAUCAAGAUCAUUAAAUUUUGAAGUAUAUCGAGUUUUCGGAAACCCAAAGCGUCGCGCUGACUUUUCCAAAAUCAAAUUUGACGAUAGUGUUUUUGCGGCUCGGGUUUUUUAUGCGCCCCAAUCAAAACAUUGUAAAAUUGGAAGAAAUUUCAAUAAACAGAAUACAAAGAUGGAGUUUUGUUAUACAUCUGCCGUCUGCAGGAAGGCAACAAAAUGAACGUGCACCUCGUUUCCCAGCCGGCGACCAUCGCCUUGGGUCUGACCUUCAUGCGGACAGGCAACGAGUACGUCGCCGAACGAGUCGGUCUCCCAGACUCCAUCACGGCUCUCGAACAGAUUCGCCCUGAUUUUGUAACUUGGCUCUUCCUCUUUCAUUACUCGAACCUUCUCAGGUCUUCUCGCGCGUUCUGAGCCACGCCCUCAUCAUGUGGAACGACAUUCAGCCCACCGAGAGUUGGCUCAUCAAGCAGGUGCCGUUCUCGUUCUCAGGAUCAUUUAAAAAAGAUUGACUGAUUGCGAAUUUCAUCCAAUGCAUGCUAUAAAAUAGAAAAAUAUGGUUUCGAAGAAAAAAAAUUGUUUAGAUUCUACUAACAAUGGACCUGUCUUGGUCAUUAAACUUUUCCACAGUUUAUGCACGGAAAUCAGUUCAAACUGACGAGGAACGUCAAAAUUCUAAUAAAUUUGAUGAAAAACUUUCUGAACAUUUAGUCGGAAGAAGAAGGUUUCAGUCAAAAAAAUAAUAAUUCAUUGGUAGUAUCCUAAUUUCUACAGCCUUCAAUACCAAUCUUUUAUUGCACAUCUUUUAUUAUAUUGAAUUGUUUGUCUAAUUUCUGGGAAAAAAAAUGUUGAACUCAGGUCCCAAAUGCAGUUUUACGAUACAUGGAGUCAACGAUGGAUUGGAACUCGGAAAACGGAAUCAUGCACGACGAGGACGACCCGCUGUGGGACGAAAUCGUCGACCGCCAGACUCUUUCCCAGGUUUUCUCCCCUUCAAGGGGCUUCUUCUCAAUCAUUGCUACCUUCCCUCAGGUCUACCUCUACUCGAUUUGUGGCGCUCUAUUUGCUGCUGCAUUGAAGUUCUGCUCGCAGGGAUCUGAUUCUGACGAACAGAAGGACCUCAUUCUUCUUCUGGUUGGCCCCUCCUCAAACUCUUGUCAAUUUUCAUUUGAAGGAGAAAUACAUCAAGAUCGUGUUGCCUCACAACUCCGACAAGCAUAGGAACCUCGAGCGAGUGUCUCGUUUCGCAGGCGAGAGCGUCGUUUCGGUCGUGUCUUCGUCGCUGCUCUGCUCGAUGGCCAUGGUUUUUGCGCUCCAUCGCGAAUCUGAAACGGCUCUGUAGGUAAUGGCGGGAAGUGGCGACAGCGAAACACUGCGUCACGCGCGAUUCCUUCGGAUGCACGACAGGAUCGACCAGUGGCUCGAGAGCACCAGGAAGCACCACGAACAACUUGCCGUCCAUCAGGCUAUCGGGAUGCUUUUCAUGGGCAAGGGAAGGUGAAUGGGCAAGACAAAUCGGGAAAGAAAUGCAAAAACGUUGAGCUUAAAAACGGUGGGUAGAUUUUUCUGGCAAUGCUACAUAUUUUAUUAUUCUUUUCUAUUUUUUGCCAAGAAAUGAGAAAAAUCCAACAAUACUUCAAAGAACGACGUUCCUCUGAAAUUUGACUUCAUUAAACGGAAAUAUAAGGACUCCAAAUGUACUGCGGGUUUCGAACGUUGAAAAAGAUUGUAGGAUAAAAGAAUGCUUGAGAAACUUGGGUUCUGAAAAAAAAAAUACUCCAGAUAUUGCUUCAAAGACGAUCCGCUUUCUGUUGCUCUGCUCGUCGUCUCUUUCUUCCCUGUUCUGGCACAAAAUAUUGCAGACAAUGUGUGAGUCUCACUUUUGAGACACCGAUAUUUCACUUUUCGUCCUUUCUAGCCACUAUCACCAGCCGCUGAGGUUCCUUUGGGUUUUGGCCGUCGAACCGCGUUUGAUCGUUCCUGUGCAGAGUUUGAAUGGAGAGGUCGUCCAGUGCGACAUCAUUAUCAACAUCAAGGUGUUUGACAACCGGAAACAAGAAAUGAAAAUUCUCGCAUAGAUUUCAAAUUCCAAGUAUAAAAAGUACGUCAAAACAGCCCCAUGUCUGCUGCCGCCUCUUCACAAAAUAGCUUCGAUUGAGAUCGGAGGUCUGUCUGAGAAAUUGUGAAAUAAGACGGAAUCGUUCAAUUUUCUUUCUUUUUACAGGAGGAAAGUACGAAAUGAAACGUAUCGAGUUGAACACGCCAGAAGAUUUGAAGACCUUCGAAAAGAUUUUGUCAGUAGGCUACGGUCGAGUGGAGCUCCGUCGCUUCGACACGAUUCUGUAUUCUCCAUCUUUAUUUUUCCGUCAAUCCGACCAUCUUUUCAGGGGAGAGUUCGAAAAAGAAGGACGGGUUUUGUCUCCAGAGUUGAAGUUGGAUCUCGACAAAGUUAUCUUCGGCGUGACUCAUCCCAGAGAACAGCGGUUCAGAUUCACUGACAGGAGUUUCAAUGACGUUGUCAACGAGGUCUCUCUCUAUCUCUAUCUCUUAAGUACUUAUUCCCUCAUCAUUAUCUUUUCAGUUGGACUUGGGCUCUUUGUUGAUGAGCAACUCGCAGAAUUACCCUUUAUUGCAACAGAACUUUAAUUGUUUGAAAGAGGUUAAUUUUUUUUAUAACAAUACAAACUUUUUUUUGUUUUUGUUUUCAGGAAAUCACUAAUAGUUCCCAAUCUCUAAUUGGAGUUGAAGCACGCGGACUGGAACUCACCGCUGAAGUUGUCAAAAAGUUUGGACGUCAAAAGAACUGACCUUGUAAAUAAAUUUCAGCUGGGAGGGCGAAUAUCCACUCUCGUUCCAGGUAUCACAGCUCUCCAAACAUUUCAGGAAUGCGUCCAUUUUUUAA